GAUAUCCUCUUUGGCCUGUUGAAGCAGCUUUUCCACGGGGAAAAAGAAAUCCAAAGGAAGGAACACUUGAAGGUCGUGGUGAUGUCCGCCACCUUGGACGUGGAGAAGUUCUCGGCCUUCUUUGGAAAUUGCUCCGUGGUGGAGAUUCCAGGAAGGAAAUACCUGGUGGAGGAGAUCUUCUGUAAUGCUCUGGGCCCCAGAGAUGCCAACAACUCUGCCUUCAUCACAGAGACUGUCAGAGUGACCUUGGAUGUCCAUUUGAACGGCUCGGCGGGAGACAUCCUCGUUUUCCUGACAGGGCAAUCGGAGAUCGAAAGAGCUUGCGAGCUUCUCUUCCAGAAAGCUGAAAUGAUAGACUACCGCUUUGAAGUCAGAGAUCGCUCCGUGGAUGGCUUACUUAUCUUGCCGUUGUAUGGCUGCAUGCCAACAG